AUGCAGAUUCUCCGUUUUGUCGUCGUUGCCAUCGCUGCACUCGCCAUGCAGGGCACACAGGCGCUUCCCAUGGGCUCAGGCAACACCGUGCAGCAAUCUCAAGUCGAUCAGACUCAGCAACAAUCGUCUACAAAGCAAGGCAAGACAUCGUCGUCCUCCAAGAUCUCCACAGGCAAAGCACCGGGUCUCGCAGCGGGCACCACAGGUGGUGGCAACGCUACCCCCGUGUAUCCCAACUCGCUUGCCGAUCUCAAAAACUACCUGCAGGACUCGCAGCCGCGCGUCAUCGUACUCACUAAGACGUUCGAUUUCCGCGGCACGGAAGGCACGAGAACUGAGACUGGUUGUCGCCCGAAGAGCAACCGUGACUGCCUUGCUAAGAACAACGGCUACAAGGGUCAAGAUGUCAUCCUACAGAGUGGUGGCAUGCAAAAUACCGGCGGCUGUGUGCAGGGCACCGCCAUCAAGGUUACGUACGACCUUGCCGGUACCAAGAACCCUCUUUUGGUGACGGACAACAAGACUCUCCGUGGAGUGGGCGCCAGCGGGGUCAUCAAGGGCAAAGGUCUCUGGAUCCGUGGCAACAAUGUUAUUAUCCAAAAUAUUCACAUCACGGAGCUGAACCCGCACCUCAUCUGGGGUGGUGAUGUCAUCUACAUUCAAGGUCUCAACGGUGGCAAGACCCCAAUGGAGCGCGUUUGGCUUGAUCACGUCAAGAUCUCUAACCUUGGCCGCCCGAUGAUUGCUACCGGUUCGGCCAGUGUCAAAUCAGCAACUGUCGGUGGCAGCUCCGUUAUCCACGCCGCCAACAACUACUGGUAUAGUAACUCUGGCUUCUCAUACGACGUCGUCGAGAACGGCAACGUGCUACUGGAAGGCAACUACUUCGAAUCCACUGCCGUUCCCAGCAAGAAUGACACUGAGACUGUCGGUGCUAUCAUUGUACCGUCCAGCUCAACCCAGACGAAGUGCAAGUCUACCCUGGGUCGCAACUGCGUUGAGAACACAGUGGUGAAGUGCGGCUCGCUGUCGGGCAGCCGUGAGUCAGCUGUCCUGACCAACUCGAAGAAGGUGGCUCCCUAUUACCAGCCGAUCGCUGCGAAGCGAUUCUCCUCGACUAGCCAGAACUUUGGUGUGGGCCCGAUCUAA